GGUGUGUCCUCGUCCGUCGCUCGGCACUGUGGCGCCCCCUGGUCGGCUGUACCGCCGCGGCCGGGCCGAGCGGUGCACGCCGGUCCGUGCGCCGUGAUAGCAGCGGCCGGCGGGCAGUCAGCCGUGGACGGGCGGGCGGGUGGCGUGUGGAGAGCGUGUGUGUGUGUGCUGGAGGGAGGGAGGAACGUGUGCAGUGGCGGCCAGCGGGUAGCGAGCACCCGACAACAGGCGCAGAGGCACAUGUGACCUGACCUGGAUUGACCUCCUUUGGAGGAACCGCACGCAAGAAGCAGACAUGGAUGGCCGGAGCAAAUCCAUCACAUUCCAGUCCAUCUCCAUUCCGCCACUAGGUCGGACCGGCUACGGCGCCGGCACCUCGGACGGCCUGCGCACGCCGAUGCGCUGUCUGCGGCUGUUCGUGUUCGCUUUCCUGCUGCCGUGCGCGCUGAUCGCCGUGCCGCUCUACCAGAGGAAGGUGUCGCUGGCGCCGCGCGUCUACACCAUGACCGCCUCGGACAUGAGGGAGGUUCAGGACGGCAUCUCCAGCGUCUGGUGUGAGGCGCAGGAGCUGACCAGUGAAGCGCCGUUCACAUCGUACCGGGCCCACGGCCACCUGCCGCAGCACAGCCGGCGCGUGCCGGUCACACUGCGCCAUCGGCUCACCCUCACUGACGACGUCAGAGAGUUCUGGGGCUUCUACCUGCUCAGGGGAUCCAGGAUCUCCGUCUCCGCCUGCGCCAGGUGGCCGGGCACCAGUCUGCUCGUAGUGCACGGCUGGCGCGCGCUCAACGAGUGCGUCUGGGUGGGUCAGCUCGACUCCGUGGAGGAGGAAAGCAGUGAGGAGGACGAGCAGGAGGACGACGACAUGGACGAGGCCGAACUGGACCCGGUGCGCCGCCAGUGGCGAGAGUUCCUCAAACACCACCGGCCGCCGGGCCGCGGGGCCCCGGGGGUGUCCGUCCGGCCGCCGCAGGCACCGCGCAGGACCGAGAACACCCUGGAGGUAACGCCGACCACGGCGACUCGCGCCCAAGAAGCUCGUCUGAUGCCGACUCUCCCAGAAGAGCCGACGGCGGAACACGCUGGGAGAGUUGUUUGGAGGACGUCAGAAACAUCCGAGAGGACACAGGGCUCCAGUUCUCCGACAGUAACCCCGGAACAGGCUGGCGAGUCUGUGAGGAUGGUGUCCUCAGCACCGGAGAGGGUGCAUGGUGCGAGGACCUCCUCUGCACCAGUGGCGGCGCACCAGGCGGGAGACUCGGGCUGGAGAUCACCCUCCAUAACAGAGAGGGCGCCGACCGGGAGACCCUCGGGAAUAGUGCUGGAGCAGCCGGAAAGGGGCGGCUGGAGGGCGCCAGAGAGGUCUCAGAGCGGGACACCCAACCCGGUGAAAACGUCUUACGCCGAAACACAGCUGGUCCAGAGGGACGAGGAGAUCGAGGAGAUUGAGGAGAAGCUGCGAGAUGACGACGAAGAGGAGAACGAGACUGCUCCCUCCGCUCACGGCCACGACAGUACGGCGCCGUCCCCGUACUCGUCUGUGGGGCCCGCGCAGCAGAACCCCAGAGAAGGCAACCGGCCGGUGGCAGCGAAGGAGUUCUACACACCUCUCACGAACGCCGUCAUUGAGCGCAAAAUCCAGGAGUCGACCAGGAGGAGGAGGAGACGACGACAGGCGAUUGUCAUUAAUCAGACGUCGACGGUGGCGCCGGAGCCCGAGGAAGGCACUACUGAGUCUCCCAUGGCGGGCCGGCUCAUCCCGCUCACCUACAACGGCCACCGGGGACGCGUCAACCAGACGAUGCCGCAGAAGGAGACCUCGCACAGCGAGAUGGUGUCGUCCUUCUCCAGCAGCGAGGAGGCGCUGCUCAGCUGCGAAGGGGUCAUCGUCAACCAGCCGCUGCGCGCGUCGGCGGUCUGCUCGGGAGGCGGCGACUCGGCCUCCGACCAGCUGACCGUGCAGGUUAUCGGCGACGACUACUACUACCUGGUCUUCUCCAGCGAGAACGAGAUGCUGCCCGUCGACGUCUUCUUCGACGUGAUGCUGGAGAAGACGGUGUACGACGUGCGUACGGCGGACCGGCUGUGCUUCAACAGCACCUCGUGCACGGUACCGCUGAGUUUCUGGUCGGGCGACAGCGUGGUGCUCGAGUACCCGGUCGGUAAGAACGCCAGCGAGGCGGUCUGGAGCGAACACUACGCGGUCAGGUCGAGCUGCCAUUCGCGCGGCUGGAUCGUAGCCGUGUUCAUCGUGGCUGCACUCUGCUCGCUGUUCGUCUGCGCCUUCUGCUGAGUGCCGUGCGCUGUGUAGCGUCAAAAGGUGCUCACUCCACACUGCGGACCGGGUAGGGGAGGGGUGCUUAGUUUGUUGACAUAAGAGCUGUUGUGAUUAAGGCGGGCGUUGGGCGUCUGACAAUGGGAUAAAUAGUGUUUUAUGGCGCGAGCCAAUGACAUGCCUGAAUGUUCUAUCAAACUGUGAGCAGUCAUCGAUAUAUUUACCUGGACAAUAAUGUGUGCAGAUGUUUAUUAUAUGUAUAUGUGUAGUAUCUAGGCAGUGAUUUGACUUCUUGUACUCAAAGAGGUAUAUUUAUUUUCAGUUAUCUUUUUGAGGGACCAAAGCGACAGUGCCCAUGACAACUAUUCCCUGUUGUAUGAAAGUAGAAGAAAUGACACAUAGUCGUAUCCAAGGCCGUAUAUAGGAGGUAGAACGGUUAGCCGUUUGUUUACAUCGGUGACCUUGACAGAUGACGUCAGCGGGUAUCUACCAAUCUUCGCUAAUAUUUAUCUUCGAGGAUUGUAUCCUCUAAGGCAGUUUGACAUUAACCUUUAGGCUCCCUUAGAGCCUAAACAAGAAAAUUUACAGCACAGCAAAGUCUUAAAAAUCGACAAAACCUUGACACCCCAUGACGUCAUCUGUCUCCUGAGCCCUCCCUAUGUGGCAGCAUAGAACCGUAACCCCCUGGUCGUAUCGAUUGUUUUGACUGUUGACAUAAUAAGCGUUUUGUUCGACAAAUAUGUAGAUUUUCACAUGAAACUUUUCGCGACAUUGGCUCUUAUUUCCAUCGCCUACGUCUUUUUUCUCAUUGAGACGCGCGAAAUGAAUGCUGAUUUGACCUUAAAGGUCAACAUGAAAAUUUGACCAAAAGCGAGGGUCAUGAUUUGACUGGAAAAGAUCAUGCUGCAUAUUAGUCAAACCGUUUUGUUACAAGGAAUUCGCCCAAUGUGCAAAAGGUUCUGUCGUAGCGUAGCCGACGCUUAAUCGCCGAACAUGACCAAAUGCUUUUUAGGUUAGGUCACGAGUGUAUAUAGUUUUCCAAUUCACGAUUCAAGAUUGACAUUAGCCUUAAAUGGAGUUCGAGGAUUUGAAGCUUAUAUGAAAAAGCGACUUUGCAUUUCUACCAUUUACUUCUUCUAUAGAGGUUUAAAAUUGACCUGACAUUAGGCUAUAUACAUUAAAAGGUUAUUAGUUUCAUGCACCCUGUAACAAUAAAAUCGUUAAAAAAUUUCUUUUUACGUUUGCAAAAAUAUGCAAACGUAAGUGUGCCAAACUCCGCGUCACGACAGCGCCGCCAUUUUUCUUAUUGUUUUGAUAUUCGUAGCAAAAAAAAAAAUGCAAGACAUCACAUGUUUGAAUAAAGAUCUAUUUGAAUUGACCAUAUUUUGGCGCACAAUGGAGCUUGUGCUCUUUGGCUUUGAUGAGUUUGUCAUGAAUGCUAUCCUAACCAGUUUAACAUUUGUCUUGUUCAGCACUUAAGUUUCGCUGCGCUUGUCUUUGAAGCAUUGUUAACUUUUGAGUGAUGGACACUGGGCAUUAUGUAUGGGUGCUGUUUGUGACGGAUAUACAUAUUUGUCAUGUAUGGAUAGGCGUAUGUGUGCAAUGUGCGUACAGUGUAAGCAUGCAUAUUGCACUUGCAUGUGAGCAUGCAUAUACUUGCAUGCAAGCUUGUGUCAACGUUUCUUAAAACUACGUAAGAAAGUGUCUGUGACCCCAUGGACCGUGAGUCUAUGUUAUGUUAAUAUGUUAUGUUCGCAGGUUUCCCUUAAACGGAUCGUUGGUUUCCGUGUUCAGUUUAAUCCCUUCAUGGUCGUAUGGUCCUGGCUGUCAUCCUUUGUCGAGCGAGUCGUCAGUGUCGUACGCCCGUCAUUGCUGGGGUAAUUUUCCGGACGAUAUCUCAGCAAACUGACCCUGAGAACUUUAAAAUAAAGAAUUUAAGUAAGCCGUG